UUUCGUCCCAGAACGCUUCAUCUUCCUCCCAAUGUCGUAUCUCUCAUCGGACAAGGCUGAGGCCGAGCUUGCUCAGAGUAUCAAGAAGGCAACGUCUCCAGAUGAAACUGCUCCAAAGCAGAAACAUAUUCGACGUUGCAUUGUCUACACUUGGGACCACCAUUCAUCCGCGCUCAUAUGGAGUGGUUUGAAGGUUCAACCUAUUCUAGCGGAUGAAGUACAGACUUUCAAAGCCCUUAUUAUGGUCCACAAGAUUCUCAAGGAUGGACACCCAGUGGUUCUGAAAGACGGUCUGAGAGAGACUGCAUGGAUUGAAACAUGUGCUCGCAGUGUUGCAGGAGACGGAAGCCGCGGUUAUGGCAGCCUUAUUCGAAAUUACGUAGAGCUUCUGUUGCACAAAUUGAAUUACCAUAGACAGCACCCAGAAUUCAAUGGUACUUUUGAAUACGAAGAGUACAUCAGUUUGAAGAAUAUUGAUGAUCCCAACGAAGGAUACGAAACCAUUAGCGAUUUGAUGAGCCUACAAGAUCGUAUUGAUCAAUUUCAAAAAAGAGUAUUUGCGCAUUUCCGACCCUCUUCAAAUAAUGAAUGCCGAAUCGCUGCUCUCGUACCUCUGGUCGAAGAAAGUUAUGGUAUCUACAAGUUCAUCACCAGUAUGUUGCGCGCAAUGCAUAGACGAACGGAUGCCGUAGACGCACUAAGUGAACUGAGGGCGCGUUACAAUUCGCAACAUUAUGCCCUUCUUCGAUUCUAUUACGAAUGCUCCAACUUGCGAUACUUAACAAGUUUGAUUAGCGUACCAAAGCUGCCGCAAGAUCCUCCGUCUCUGAUUGAUUCCGAUACACCAUCUUUACCUGCGCGUCCAAAGACAACUACUCCACCACCAGCUGCUGCAUCACCAGAGCCAGUGGUUGACUUCUGGUCCGAGAAUCAAGCCAAGCAGCAACGCGAGUAUGAAGAUGAACAACGCCGACUGCAACAACAACGCGAGGACGAGCAGAAUAAACAGAGGAUGAUGCAAAUGCAACAACAACGCGAAUUUGAGGAGCAACAAAGACUACAAGCUGAGCGAGAAAGACAGCAGCAGGAAGAAUUGAUGCGACAACAAAUGCAGCGACAUGCGGAAGGCCGUGUCAACGAAUUGGAGAGAGAACUGCUUGCUAUGCGCAAUCAGUUUGAGCGUGAUCAGAUGCUCCUUGAGCAGUAUGACAGAAGAGUAAAAGCUUUAGAAGAUGAGCUUGGCCAACUUAGCCAACAUGCACAACAACGUGAUGCAUCCAAGGAUGAACUUAUUAAAUCAUUGCAAGAUCAAAUCUCAAUGUGGAAGAAUAAGUAUGAAGCUUUGGCUAAGCUGUAUUCGCAAUUGAGACAAGAGCAUCUGGACCUUUUGGGCAAAUACAAGACUCUGCAACUUCAAGCUAAUAAUGCCAAGGAAGCUACUGAGAAACUGGAUGCUUUGCAAGCAGAAAUGCGUGCCAAGAACAUGGAGCUUGCUGAUCUCAUUAGAGAGCGAGAUCGUGCCAAGAACGAACUGACUCGUGUACAAGGAAGUCAACAAGAAGAACUUGAGCGCUUACGCCGUGAAUUGCGUGACUCCAAUGCUAGAGUUGAGGAUCUUGGUAAGAACAAGGGAGCCGAAGUUACAGCUCUCCUUGGCAAAUUCAACCGCGAAAAGGCUGAACUGGAAAGAAGCUUGACGGAAAAGCAAGCAUUGAUUGACGAGUUCUUAAGCCAACUUGAACUUCAGCAGGGCGAAGCUGAACGUAUUCGCAUGGAGAAAGAUGAAGAGAUUGCUAUCAUGCAGGCUGGCAUGGACGAAUGCUUGCAACAGUUGGCUGAUCUCCAGCAAAAUGUUGGAAGCAACGAAUCGACUUUGCAAGAACAAAUCGAUCGACUUGAAUCACAGCAAUCAUACAAGCUGAAUGAAAUUUUAGACAGCGUUUUGCAAACAUGUAUUCAAAAGGUCAAGGACGGUGUCUUCGAACUUGAAGCUCCUGGCCAGCAUGGAAAUGAAAAUGCUACUCCAGAGUUGACCUUGACAACCAUCGAGAAGGCUAGUAUUUCAUCUGUGGAGUUCAUGUCGGCUUUCAGCAAGUUUUUGGAUGGUACCGACUCAGGCAAUCAUACCGACGCCAUCAACUGCUCACUCAAUCUGGCGGAAGCAAUCGUAGAUGUCAUGGUUAAUAGCAGAGGUAUCACACGGUUGUCAGCUGGCGAUGAGGAAGCUGAAGAUAUUAUUCGCGUUACAAAGGCUUCAGCUGAGGCCGCCAAUACUUACUUCCUGAACAUGACAUCUACCUACAUCAAUAUGCUUCCCGCUGCCCAACGACCUGAAGUCGUCAUUCAAGGCGAUAUGAGAGUUCAAGAAGCUUUGAUGAGAGUAUCUCGCAAGGCAGAAGAUCUUAUCGCCAAGGGCGCCACUGAUAUCAACAAGCUCGGUGAAAGAGAAGUGGGUGAUUUGGUGGAGCAGGAAAUGUCCAAAGCGGCACGAGCAAUUGAGGAAGCCUCAGCCAAGAUUCAGGCGCUCCUCAAUAAGCCCGCCAAUCCAGAAUUCUCGGCAACCGAUCUACAAGUACACCAAUUGAUCUUAAACUCUGUCCUGGUAUUAACCAACGCGAUAGCGAACCUGAUCAAGUGCGCCACUGCAUCACAACAGGAAAUCGUUGCACAAGGCAGAGGCACAUCGUCCAAAGCAGCCUUUUACAAAAAGAACAACCGAUGGACCGAAGGUCUCAUUUCCGCAGCCAAGGCAGUUGCUGUGGCCACCAACUUACUCGUUGAAGCAGCUGAUGGUGUUAUCAGCAAGACCCAUUCUCUUGAACAGUUGAUUGUUGCCUCUAAUGAAGUUUCAGCGGCAACAGCCCAACUUGUGGCUGCUUCUCGUGUCAAGGCCACAUUUGCUUCCAGAACACAAGAAAGGCUGGAACUCGCAGCCAAAGCUGUAAAAGAAGCCGCUAAUGAACUUGUCAAGCAAGUCAAGCAGUUAGUGGCAAAACAGUCUCAGGACGACAACCUGAGAGUGGAUUUCAAUAACCUCUCUGUUCAUGAGUUCAAGCGACAAGAAAUGGAACAGCAAGUCAAGAUUCUCAAACUUGAUGCUGACCUUGUUCAAGCCAGACGCGUGUUGGCUGAAAUGCGACGAAGCGGUUAUCACACGGAGGAGACGGACUAGAGAGAUUUGGAAGGACGGCCCAACUAUAAACCAUGUUUGACUUGUAUCUUAUCGUUAGAGCCUCUUAUUUUGAAGCAUAUAGUCUCAACGAUUAGCGUUGAAACUUCGUUGGAAUUAUAAAGCGCGAUCUGCAGUGUGUUGUUUUGUGCACACCUUGGAAAUAUUCUCCUACUUUGCUUUGUCAUAAAGUCGCGUAAGGUGUCGCAAGACCCUGAACACAAGUAAGAACCCUGAAAUA